CUCCUGGCCGCCACCCGUGUGACAGCACGCGCGCUCCAAGACGCGCGUCCUCCAGGACGACAGGAGACAGAGAAGUGGGGAGGGUUCGGAGGGACAUGGCCAGGAGACAAGGCGGCCCUUUUGCCACUGGAGACACACCCCCGCGUAGCAGCCCUGCGCGCACGGACCUCUCUCUCUCCUCUCUCUUCUUCUCUCUCUCGCGCCGUGUCAACACGCCACGCACGUGGAGGCAGGCUGGCGCGCGGUCGCUAUGGCAACACACCCCGCCGCCCGCCGCCAUUACAAUAGCGGCGCACGAGCCCCGGCGCCAGCCAAUCAGAGACCUUAGGGUGAUAAUUGGCACGGUGAUUGGCCGGCGUGAUUGGUUUUUGAUUAAACAUGACUUUGGUAUAAAUGGCAUCGGCGUAAAUCAAUGACCAGUUUCCUCCUCCCAUGGCAAGGCUAUGCGGAACUGAUUUAAAAUCGGUGCUUGAAAGUUUCCUCCCUAUUUCCAAGCAGAUUUCCUUGUAACCGGUUGCCGAGGAGGGCCGGCGGGUUCCGUUAGGAAAUUGCGCUUCGCGUUUUUCGGAAACUGGCUCGAGGCUGAGAAAAUUAGAUACAUAAGAACAAUCAGCGAGCCGUCGGCCUUAGCAAAGGGGUGCGAUACAACCCGAGUGAGCGCCUAAGGGGGGGUGGCUGUUGGCAGUAGGUAGUAGGAGGGGCUUGACAUUAAGAAGAAAAAAAAAAAAAGGAAAGAGAGGGAGAGACGGAAGGAAGAAAAAGACAGAAGAGCGGAAGAGAGAAACGGAAGGAGGUGGCUUGAGUGCUGAGAGAAGAGAAAGGCAGGCUGUCCCGACUUCCUGAAAGAAGGACAAGUGGGUUCCAAAAGAAGAUUCGAGGAGUGUGUGUGUGGAGUGCCUGGCGGUGCAGUUUGUCAGAGGAAGUGCGCGGAGGUGACUGAGCAGCGCUCACCCUGCGUCGUCCGGCUACCUACACCACGUCGCCAUGCAGACGAUUUCCCAACAGGAGUACUACAGAGCGUGUACCUUCACCAGCAUUCCUGGCAUGAUGUUUCCGGAUCCCUCGUAUGGAAAGACUCCAUGGACACCUCAGUCAAGUCCGCAGACUCAAGUUCCGUUGCCCGGAGCUGAGCUUCCACCAAGAAGCAUGCAGAAACAUCAUUUCCCAGGUUACCAUCCCAACUCUCUGCCUGCCAUCGCCAAAUCAACGUUAGACAGCGCACACGCACCUUGGCGACCUCAAGGGUCGGGCCAGAUCCAGUUGUGGCAGUUCCUGCUGGAGUUGUUGUCCGAUUCGGCCAACGCAGGCUGCAUCACGUGGGAGGGGACCAACGGCGAGUUCAAGCUGGUCGACCCGGACGAAGUGGCGCGGCGCUGGGGCGAGCGCAAAUCCAAGCCCAACAUGAACUACGACAAGCUCAGCCGCGCGCUGCGCUACUACUACGACAAGAACAUCAUGACCAAGGUCCACGGCAAGCGCUACGCCUACAAGUUCGACUUUGCCGGCCUAGCGCAGGCCAUGCAGCCGGCCACAGGCGACCCCACCGCGUACAAGUACCAGCAGGACAUCUUCAUGUCUCCGUACCACCCGCACCACCCGGCUCACCACCACAGCCCCAAGCUCAACUUCAUGAACGCUCACUCGCCCAUUUCCAACUCCCCGUCCGGCCUCUUCGGACCUCAUUCCGGGUACUGGCCGUCGAGCACGGGUAGCAAUUUGUAUCACAAUAUGACGAACCACCCGGUGUCGCACCCGGCUUCUCACAUGCCACACCAUCUCGGGGCGUAUUAUUCGUGACGGUAAGCCCCCAAACCCCCAACGCCACCACCACGUCACGAACCUUUUGUUUGUGCGCGCGCGCGUGUGACUUGGCCAACGGGUCCAGAGGGACAACUCGACAUGAAACACCGGUACUGGCAAACUGACGCCGCCAUGUUCUCAAACCUACUCACACAUCUAUCUUGUACCCCCUUUUCUCGCCUAAGGUCCCAGACUAACCAGCCUUGACCAACCAAAGAAGACUGUGCACGCAAUCAGUCACGUGACCAGGAGGAGUACGUCCAACGUCUUGCUUUACGUCCCAAGGGAAACCAUUCCAAAGUCGUGAGAACUAGAGACCGGAGCAUGGUCCCUCCUGUGCCACGGUCUGUUUCUUCAAAUACUCAAGUGCCGUUGACAUGCUUGUGAUGAUCAGAAAGCCUUCUGGGAAGACUUCACCCGCUUGACGUCACAUCCGUGAGUAUGUGGAGGGUUGGGUGAGGAUGCUGGGAGUGGGGUGGGAGGUGAUGGAAGAGACCAACGGCCUGCUGACAGGUGUGAGGUGAAACGUGCACUUGAUGAAGAUGUUGCGGUCGUUGUUGGAAUGUUGUGAUAUUUGACUGACGCUGUCUGGCGACCUUCACCUUUCUGACCCUGGUUCUGUACGUCACAACUGUUGCUAACGAAGCUGAUUGCUGAGCACGUGGUACCGGCUCUGACAUAAACAAAAAGUAUGGUGCUGAAAGUUCGGAACUUGCUCUUUAUUUUUUAACGUGGCAGUGUCUGCGAAUGUUGGAUGCACGAGAGGAGUAUCGUAUGAAACAACACGUGACUAAAGGCUUACGGUUGGUGCUUUUGGACAGUUUUCUGCAGGAAACCAUGAAACAGCUUCUGGUAUCACGGACAAGAAAGUGUCCAGUGUCUUGUCUUCUUAAAUAGGAGACAAAGUGUAUGAGAAGGACUUCCAAAAAGCCUUUGAUAUUUCACAGUUGACCCUGGGUACCCUAUCAGCGUACAGUCAUAAUUGAACCGUGACUCUUUGCCAGGUGAUACCCAAGGCACAGGUGCACAGAGAUGUCUCUUUGAAAUGUUACCUGUUAACCACUCACAUAUCUUUGCAGCCACAGACUGAAAAAUAAACAACUGUCGUUCUUUGUGUGCACCAGCAAGCUCACAGUCAGCUGUCCAUGCUCUGAUUGUAGCGGAGGAUGGACUGACCACUACUGUGGCAAAGUGUCACAGAGUUUUAACAAUCGGUGUUCAUGAUUUUAUGAAUGGCUGACGGAGGUAUAUUUUUACAUACGAUUAAUAGACACAUAUUCAUAUAUCUAAAAAUAUAUAUAUUCUUCCCACCAAAUGUUGUGAGAUUUUGCUGAUUUUUUUAAAAAUUGCAGUGGCUGUAGUGAUUUGUUCCAAAUGCAACAGUCAAAUUUAAUAAUAUAUUUUAAGGGUUUGGUAGUAGUCAGCUGAAGUCGAAUAGAAUUAACGUUUCUUUUUAAUAAGAAAUUAUUUUGAAGGUUUAGUUAAUGAGUUGAGCAAAGGCUUCGUCUUUUGUUUCACUCAGAACAUUUUACAGAAAAAAAUUUAUGGCAUAAUUUUCUCUUACAUUCCUGAGUACAGUCACUUUUCAGAAUAGUUCGUGGCAUAAUUUUUCUCUUACAUUCCUUGGUAUAGUCAUUGUCCAGUUUGUAGAGGGAGCAGCACAUGGAUAAAGCAGCUGAUGUCCGAAAAGGUUCGAGUCCAAUAAGAUCCUUACAUUUGUAAGCACAGCUCAUCUAUUUAAGAAUGAAAAAAAAGCUCUUGCCAAAGCCCAGUGAACAUAAAAGUAGUUUGUUCAUACGUGUUGCUCACAUGCGGAUUGUCGUAGGACUUCGGUUUACGAGGUCUAGAAGUUCAAAUUUUGCUGUCAUCGUCCAUCUGUGUGUGUGUGUGGUAGUUUGUACCCGAAAGGUCAUGUGCUUAGUCUGACUGAGCAAUGAAUGUAGUCACAGAAAACAUCCAAUUUGCAUUUUUUUUUUAUUUGGCUGGUCAUAUCAGUAACCCCAUGCCCCCACCCCAAAAAUAUUCUUAAUUGUUUUAAUCCCUAUUUAAAGUACGGGAGGGUAUUCAGAUUUGGUGUUGGUAUCUCCUUUGCAAGCUGAAACGAGAUCUUUUCGUGAUCUUUUCCUACAUUUCCCGCAUUUUUCUCUUGUAGAGUUUGAGUUCACUGCUAGGCGAGAGUUUAUUGUCUGGUUUAUCACGCCGAGAGUUGACUAGGUGUCCAGACCAUCAUUCUUAAAGGACAACACGAGUUCAACAUUUUUUCUUUAUAACUAUUUUUUAAAGUUUAUUUUAAAAUAAUAAUUCUCAAAAUAUGAGUACAUAAUUAUGCUUAACUAUGCUAAUGGAAUACAGCCCUACAGAUUGAACUUUAUUUAGAAGCUUUGACUGAAGUCAAAAGAAAAGAAUUAAAAGGUCCAAACCGAAUUCACUCGACAGACAGUAAAAUUUAAUGGGCAACAAUCACGGUCAUUGCAGUCUACUUUGUAUUAUUAUUAUUAUUGAUUCUCUGUUACUAAAUAGAUGCAUUCAGUUAAAUGUUUUCAGACGUAUUAUUGUUCAUAAAAUAUAAACACUUUUGAAAUGUCUUUUUCUAAGAUAAACUCUUGUAAUUUUUUUAUUUGACAGAUGGCUAAUUUCUAUCACACUAUCCAGACUAUCUUACUAACUCGAGACCUCAUCACUGUCAAGUCUUUCCCGCUAACUUGAGGGUUUGUGAGUUUCUAGUCUUUAAAACUAAAUUAAGGGUUUGUUAAUUAAUCGUCUACUCCAUCACACUAAGAUGGACGAACUGAUGGAAAAGGAAAAAGAAGUUUACGAAUAAUGUUUUGAGCAUCGUGCGCGUGGUAUGAAUGUGAAGAAAGCAGCACCGUCUGCGCAAACACGAUCUCGACAGACUUCUCACCAUCUCGCAUUUUCUCGCCGACCACCAUACGAGACGAUGAAGGCAGCAGUCAUUUCGUCUGGGCCUUGAUUACAAAAGUAGAUGGUGCUGGCCGCCAUUUUCUAACCUCAUAAAUCCUGGUAGAGACCCGAGACUGGUGCUUCUCAGUGGUCAUAAAUCCAGCCCAACCCCUGGCCAACAAAUUGACAGAGACCUGAGCGCUACAAUUACUGCGGGGAAAUGUUAGCCCCCGCGCGCGACACACUCAAAGGACCCGGAUCAAUAAACUGAUUUUCUGGAUUCCUCGUCCGGGAGAGCUUUCAGUGUCCGCCGAUAGGUAUCUAAACUGGCGGAAGGCGGAGACAAGAAAAAUAUUCUGCGAUUAAUUUUCUUUCCUCGGCCCUGCUUGAGACCCGGGGUUUAUCUGGACGGGUAGAAAAUUGGAUUUCCUCCUAGUCCCGGCCCCAGUCGGUGUCGCUACACAGCCUCGCGCGGCUAUCGUGGACUGGAGUGCCUUGCAAGUCCAUAUCGCUGGUUCUAAUCCGCCCUGGGGAAGAAAUAAAUUGUCCCCCGACGAAACCCCACCUCUCUCCGCUGAUAGGGUCGCACCCCCGCGCAGAUGAAGAGUUGUCUUUCUUGCCCUGGAUGAUCUGACGUUACAAGCAAAUGAAUACUGAAGUCUGAGGUUUCACAGGAUUUUUCUUUCUCUCUCACAACAACAGAAAGAAAGUAGUAGAAGGAGAGAAAUGGUUAAAGACAAUAGAAAACAUUCAGAUGUAUUUGUUGGCAGUAAAUUAACAGAAAAGAAAACAAACUGAAUCGUAAUUUAAUGUUUUAGUUCCUCUGACACGUCCCAUUUGUCAUUACUUUACAUCGAGAAUAAUCAAAGAUUAAGCUUCGGUACAACAGGACUGUCGAUUAUGCCCAAUAAACUACAAGUUGUUUAGGGAAAAGUAAAAACAAAACCCAGAAAGGAAAGAAAAUUGUGUGAACAUAAUUUGAUAAUAACAGUCGUCAACGACUUGCUGAUGUUUUUAUUUUCAUUUUUAACAUGUUAGGAUUUCGCAGUCACAGGGGAAGCGAUUAACCGCCAUUAUCACACACAGACACUUACAACCACAGGGCAGGCACUUAUAACUUGAGGUCAGGAACUUGUAACCCCCGGGGUGAGGCACUUAUAACUUGAGGUCAGGAACGUAUAACCCCAGGGGCAGGAACCAACACACUUGACGAAAUGUUCUCGACAUUGCUCUCAGUUUCAAGCUUGUCAAAGUUUUGUUUAAAAUGUUGUGGUCGUGGUGUUGGGGGGAUUUUGAGGGUUAAUAAGACAGAGUGAGAUGGAUUUGGAGGCUGAAGUGUUAAGUACUGUCGCUUCUUUCUCGAACUUUGGUGUGUGGGUGUGGGUAGGUGGAUGCGUGCGCACGUGCGUGUGUUUGAACUCACUGACGUAUGAGGUAUUCACUCCAAGUGUCUGCCCUUCCUCUAUUGCAGUUGCGUCCAAUUAAUUUCUGGAUUAUCAAACAGGAAGUAUCUAGUCUGGGAUGUCUGAUUCAUUUGGAUCGUUGAGCCUCACGUAAAUAAAGCAAAUAAAUAACCAAGCAGCAAAACAGCCAAUUACACAAACAAAUUGAUGUCGGAGGUAGUAGUUUCCGAUGAGAAAAAUACUUUAUACAGUUAAUACCUGGACUUUUUUUUUCAAAUUUAGCAGUUUAACGAUUUCUCUGUUGCAAAAUUGAAGUGCAAGGACAAACGACCAGUUUAGCUUUUCCCCCAUUUCUAGCGUUUAAGUAAAAAAAAAAAAUUUCUAGCUUCAUAUGUACAACUUGCUAAUGAAGGUGAUUAAAUAUAAAACAUUGCAUUUUCUUAAUUUUCUUUGUUUGGUUUAUUUUUUGUUUGUAUGUUUAUUUGAGACGAUUUGCUUUAAUGAUUUGGUUGCGAUGAUGUGACGAGGUAUCUCUUUACUUCAAACUUAUACUUGACUCGUCUUUGUGAUUUUCUAUGCGUAAAUGGAAAAUGACAUUUAUCUAUUUGUACAACUUAAAAUGUAUAUAAGCUCAUUUGUGUAAAUAAGGAGAACUGUUCGACAAAGUACUUUGUAUGUAAAGCAUAAAUAAUAUAUGAAAUGUAUAAAUUAAGUGGCAGAAGGACUGCCAUUUGAGAAAGGGUGA